AUGGACAAGGCCCUGUCACAGCCGAGAACCGUCGCGGUCGUGGGAUCUGGCAUGGCAGGCUUGGUGACUGCGCAUUUGCUGCACCAGGAUCGUCAGGAGCGAUUUCGAGUGACGGUGCUGGAGAAGGUGAGUCGAGUCACUCCCACAGAGAGCGGACGGGGCGUCACUAACACUGCAACGCAGAGAAAACAAAUCUCGCUGAGUGCGGAGUCAAUCGCCCUCCCCUCAGAUGAAAACGAUGAGCCCAUCUGGGCCGACGUGCCCAUGCGCGCCUUCGCCGGUGGCUUCUAUCACCAUCUAAUUCGCAUGUACGACUACUUGGGAGUAAAGUACCAUUCGCAGCCAUUUCUCUUCAGCUUCACUCGCCUGCCUCGGCGUCCGCAGCGCGAAUCCAUCCCCAGUCCACGGAUGAUCUACGCCUCCAAUUUCCACCGGCUCCCACCCAUCCCGCGCACACAGGAUCUAGUGCAGUGGAUGCUCGAGGCGGCGUUUGCCAUGCUGUGCUACUUCUGGUUCACCAUCUGCGUCUUCCUCGUAACGCCCGUCGCCGAGGACUUGCAGUCUGGUUCGGCCGGCGAGUCGCUCGAUGCGUAUCUGCGGCGCAUUCACCUGCCGCGGUCCUAUGUUGCCGAUUACUUGCUCCCGCUCAUCUCGAGUGUUUGCACCUGUUCUCAUGAGGAGCUCCUGCAGUUCCCGGCUUCGGAUGUGCUGGAAUAUAAGCGUCGCACGCACUACCAGCAGCAUUACGUCGUCUCCGGGGGUGUGCGCUCUGUCCAGGACAUGCUCCUCCAGGGGUUGGAUGUGCGGCUGGGCGUGGAGCUGACGAGCGUCUCUCCGCAAGAUACCGGUGUGGACAUCCAGUACCGUACUCCCGAUGGCCGCAGCGAAUCUGAACAUUUCGACCUCAUCGUGCUGGCCGUUUCACCUGAUAUCGCUGCCUCACUAUUCCCCCGCUUAAACAAGCCAUUAUCCAGCAUCCCAACGACAACGGUCGAAACAGUCGCGCACACAGACGAAUCGAGCAUCAGACCCAUGCUGCAAGCAACAGCCUCCUCCUCUUCGUUAUCGCUAGGGAAGAAGAGCCUUGCCACUCAGACCCGCACAACCCAGCGCAUCCACAUCCUCUCCACCCAUCUCACCACCGAAUCCGUCCACGAACAACCAAACUCCAUCUUCGUGACAACAAACCCCAUUUUCCAUCCCGAUCAGUCAAAGGUGAUCCGCUCUGCGCGCUUCACGCGCGUCCUGCGCAGUCCCCACAGCCGGAUGCUCGUCAAUUCUCUCUUCCAGGAUCCUCUGAAGAAAAGUUCCUCCUCAUUACAUAGUUGGCGCAGUGGCGACGACGGCGUCUACCUUGCCGGUGGGUGGUGCUGGGACGGCAUGGUUUUGCUGGAAGGGUGCAUUGUCUCUGCGAUGAGGAUUGCGAAAGACUUGGGGGUUUGUAUACCGUGGCAGAUGGAGGAAUGA